GUCAAAUGUCAGUUUUCUGAAAAAUAUUGUUUCGAAAGUAUCCUCUAAUGAUAUUUAUUAGUCUGUGGCUUAGAUUUUGGCUAAGUUUGACGGUUAUUCUGUUAGGAGAUUGUUAUUAUUUUUCGCGUUGAAUUAAAAGUACUUUUGUGCACAUCAUUUUAUGAAAAUAAAUUUAAAUAAAUCAAUUAUAUCACUACUAUAUAUAAUUAAAUAAUUUUGUUGUCAAGUUAUCUGAUAUUUAAGUUUAAAAAUAUAGUUAAAAUAAAGAGCUUUCCCUUAGGAAUUUUUUAUGUGUUAAAUUUAUGGAAUUGAUAAAAAUGAGUUGAAUAAACUUUUGUCGGACCUCGUUUGGAUCUCAAAUCAUUGUUCGUAGUGUGAAAAAAAAAGAAGUACAAAAAUGUCCACGGACAGGUUCCACAAAGCAGCCAAAGAUGGUCUACUGGAGGUACUGCGGGAAGCGACACGCAAAGAAUGCAAUAAUAAAGAUGAAUCUGGAAUGACUCCCACGCUGUGGGCUGCUUUCGAAGGACACAUAGAAGCCCUGAGACUACUAUGCGGGCGAGGCGGUGAACCAGACAAGGCCGACUAUUUCGGCAAUACAGCCCUUCAUCUAGCAGCGGCCCGGGGUCACAAGGAAUGCGUGACUUUCCUGGUCAACUUCGGAGCUAAUGUGUACGCUAUGGACGUCGACGGUCACUCCGCUCAGGAGCUGGCCGCUAUUAAUGGCAGAGAGGAUAUACUCCGGUACCUGGACCAGUCUACAGCAAAACUAGAAAACAAUGAUAAGAAGAAAUCGAAAGCGCUCAAAGAGAAAGCCAGAAAAGACUACGAGAAAUCGCAGAAGCAGUAUCAGAAAAGACAGAGCAAAGCUGAUCUCAUGGCCGAGAAGGAAAUGAAGAAGCUGGCCAAAGAGUGGGAACAGGGUUAUGGUGAGGAGGUGUCCACUAUGCCACAUCGGCCCAGCAACGUGCUAAUAGCGCUCAAGCAAAAGAUGAUCAGAUCUACAAGUCAGGGUAACCUCCUGGCGGACGAGCAGCCCCGCCCGACGUACAGCACGCUGGUCGGCACCGUGAACUCGGGCGUCCGGGGCCGCGGCGCCGUCUACAAGAAGGCCCUCGCCAGCAAACUGCGCAACAACACGAUCGGCCGUAAUGGACCGAAUGAUGACUUCAAGGUUGGCGAAUUAGAAACGACCGGUCGUCGUUCUCUGACGUCAUUAUCCGGGCUCCGUCGCGACAGUGAAGUGAUGUACGUGGGCACGUUGGGCGCGGGACCGCAACACCGGGGGAACGUUACCGACGUGUUCACGGAGGACACCGAUCAGAAGAAACCGCCACUGACAAGAUCGGCAAGUCAACCGGAUUUCACGGUUCUGUCUGGAGAAGACAGCGGCAUAGGACAGGAGGUGAUGCUGCAAGAGCCCGCCAGUAUAUUCGACAGACCAGGAUUCGGGAGUGUAGCCUUUAGACGGUCCAUAACGGCCACGCUGGGCGCGAUGCCGGGCGCGCCGGGCGAGGACCUGUCCAUCGGCUCGGCGGGGUCACUGGCCGCGCGCCACGCCCCCCGCACCGCCUACCGCCCCGCCGAGUGGACCGAGCCGCACUCAGAGAGCUCGACGAUAACUUCGGACGAGGAGGGGGAGGCCGAUGAGUCCGGCUCGGCGUCCCUAGAGCGUUUCCUGACCGCGUGGGGCCUCUCGCAGUACGUGCAGAAGUUUCGAGACGAACAAAUCGACUUGGAAGCGCUCAUGCUGCUGACCGAGAGCGACAUGAAAUCGCUCGGCCUACCUCUAGGUCCGUACAGAAAACUCGUCACAGCUGUCCAAGAGAGGAAACAGGCGUUAACUAACCCGGGACCCAUAGUCGACACGGCGAUCUGACGGCGGCCAUUGUCAUUGUCAUUGUCAUCAGUCGCCAGUACCUAUGGAGUUUGUGUGAUUUUUCUUACUAGCUAAUAACGUAAUAUUAGUACGGUCAGCAUAACAAUAAUAUCACUUUUAAAUAAUUCCAAAUAUAAUGAUAUAAAAUACAUCGGACAAUGAAAGAUUUAACUGCGUUUUCUGUAUUAUAAAUGCGAAUUUAUUGACAAUAUAAAAUUAAAACUAUAAUAAAUUAUUCUAACAAAAUAUUCACUCGUCUGUAAAAUAAAUACGAAAACAAUAUUUAAAGUCCUUAUCUAUGUGUGUUUAAAUUAAUAUAUUAUACAAUAUUAUUAGUAUAUUAUGUAAGAGUGAAUUAUUUCUCUUCAUUGAAUGACAAGUGAGUGAACUUUUCUAAGAAAAAUCUUUUUAAAAGUACGUAGGAGUUUCUUUACAUAAAUAAAUAAUUAUAUUACAUUUCUUUAUGUAUACAAAUAACAGGAUGUGAUAUUUUAUACAAAAUAAAUCAUUUUAAUACGAAUCAAAAUAUAUACUAUAAUAUAUAAAUAUAUAAUAUAAGAUAUAUACUAUAUACACUUAAAGCUAAGAAACUCUCUAAAUUUUUAUUUAGACAUGAUUUUUUUUUUAAUUCUAAUAUCCUCAUUCUCUGUCUAGUGUGAAAUUUGAAUAAAAAAUUUACAUCCUAAAUUCAGUAGACAGCAGUUGGCUGUGCCCCUGGCAUUGCUGAUGUCCUUAACCGACAAUGACGACUUCCCAUCAGAUGGGCCGUAUGCUUGCAUGCCUGCAAUGGCAAUAAAAUGCAUAUGGUACUGAGUAUGAAUAUUUUAUAUAAAUAUAAAAAUUACCCUUUUUAUAUUUAUUUAUUAGUAUUUUAUAUUAUAUUAUAUUAUUUAUAUUAUAGUUAGUAUUUUGAGGAAGGGAAUUGUUUUAGUCCCUCCAAAAUACUACAGAUGGCGAUCGUGUAGUUUCAAUAAUUUUUUUUAUUGCUUAGAUGGGUCGCCGAGCUCACAGCCCACCUGGUGUUAAAUGGUUACUGGAGCCCAUAGACAUCUACGACGUAAAUGCUCCACCCACCUUGAGAUAUCAGUUCUAAGGUAUAUACUGAGAUAGUUACAACGGCUGCCCCACCCUUCAAACCGAAACGCAUUACUGCUUCACGGCAGAAAUAUGCAGGGUGGUGGUACCUACCCGCGCGGACUCACAAGAGGUCCUACCACCAGUACAGUUGUUGUAUUUUAUAUAAUUAGUGAUAGUCACAGCGGAACGAGGCCGGGUUCCAAUAAAUAUAUUAAUAAAUCAAUUAAUAAAAACUAUAACCGUAAUUCAACUUCAUAUUUUGUAUCCUAUAACUUUAAAAGUAAAAAAGAAACCUAAUUUUUAUUUUUUAAACGUAUUUAAGUAUGUCCAUAUUCUAUUCCUUUCUAUAUUUUUAUAGUAUAUAAUGCUAUUUGAUAAAAUUAUAAAUUAUUGUGCCUCAAUUAUUGUGAUAGUAAUGUACUUAAGACAUUCCAUCCAUUUGUAAUGCGUCCAAUGAAGCCAUAAUGAUGUAUAUUUUAUGAUGUACAGAUUAAAAUAUUUUUUAAUAAAGUUUUUUGUAUGAAUGAA